AUAAGUGUAUACGGAGCACAGUUGUCAUCAGAAGCUUGCAGAGAGCUGGGCUUCUCCAGUAACUUGCUAUGCAGUUCCUGCAACCUUCUUGGCCAGUUCAAUCUGAAUCAGUUGGACCCCUUCUGCCGGCAGUGCUGCCAAGAAGAAGCUCAGUUGGAAACCAGAAAGCUUUAUGCAGGAGCUGUCCUGGAGGUAUGUGGAUGAAAAUUGGGAAGGUUCCCUCAAGUCCAGGCUUUUGUCAGGAGUGAUAAGCCAAAACUCUUCAGGGGACUGCAAAUCAAGUACGUGCGCGGUUCUGACCCUGUACUGAAGCUGCUGGAUGACAGCGGGAACAUUGCAGAAGAACUGAGCAUCCUCAAGUGGAAUACCGAUAGCGUGGAAGAAUUUCUGAGUGAAAAAUUAGAACGUCUAUAAAUCACUUGCUUUCAGUCCUCUUUCCUUUUCCUGUUUUGUCAUGGUGAGCUGCUCAGAUGAAGUGUCCUACCCUUGAAAAAAACCAGUCCAGCUUCUAUAUUAAUUUUAAGGUGCUGCACCAAACAUCUUGGCAUUAGAAGGGGAAGCUUCAGCACACAUAUCUGACAAGCUGACAAACAGAAUAGCUUGUCUUAAGGUAUUUCAGCUCUUAAAUGCAUUUAUCACUAACAAAAUGCUUUGUUUCAACGUUAAUUAUGCAAAUAUCAGCUUGUUAUAAUUGGACCUGCUUUUACAAAUGCUCUUCAAACUG